UCCAUUUAUUUCCCACCACCUUCACUCCACUUCAUCUCAACCCUCUUAAAUCCAUUCUCAACUUUACAUUUCCAACAUUAUUCUCCACUCCAUUUCCAUUUCCAUUUCCAUUUUUAACCAUAUAACACUAUAACAUACUUAUAACACCUCGUCAACAGUAUUAUUAAUUUCUCGUAAAUAAUACUCGUAUCAUACAUGGGUACACUGAAUGAUCAUCAUCAGUACAUGUACCCCAGUAACAACAUGAACAACGAGAAGUGUAAGAGUCGGGUGGCGGUACCGCCACCACAACCGUUCUUCAAGUCACUACAAACCUCAUUUAAAGAGACAUUCUUCCCCGACGACCCGUUAAGGCAGUUCAAGAACCAACCACGGUCAAGGAAGUUCGUUCUCGGGUUGCAAUACUUCUUUCCUAUACUCGAGUGGGCCCCGAAAUAUACUUUGGACUUCUUCAAGUCGGACCUUAUUGCUGGGAUUACUAUUGCUAGCCUUGCUAUUCCUCAAGGGAUUAGCUAUGCUAAGCUUGCUAACUUGCCACCCAUUCUUGGACUUUAUUCUAGCUUUGUUCCACCAUUGGUGUAUGCCAUGAUGGGAACCUCCAAAGAUGUGGCGGUAGGAACGGUGGCGGUGGCGUCGCUGUUGACCGGAUCUAUGCUAAGCACCGUCGUUGAUCCGAACGAAAAUCCAAAGUUAUUCCUCCACCUCGCUUUUACUGCCACCCUUAUUGCUGGUAUUUUUGAAGCCACUUUAGGCCUUUUAAGGUUAGGGUUCAUAGUGGAUUUCUUAUCACAUGCAACAAUAGUGGGGUUCAUGGGAGGAGCAGCAACAGUGGUGUGCUUGCAACAGCUAAAAGGAAUACUUGGUCUCACUCAUUUCACUCAAUCCACAGAUCUCAUUGAUGUUAUGCACUCUGUCUUUUCCCAAGAACACCAGUGGAGAUGGGAAAGUGCAGUAUUAGGAUGCGGUUUCCUCUUUUUCCUCCUCCUCACCAAAUACUUUAGCAAGAGAAAGCCAAUGUUCUUUUGGAUAUCAGUCAUGUCUCCUUUGAUUUCAAUCACUUUGGGAAGUGUCCUAGUUUAUCUCACACAUGCUGAAAAGCAUGGUGUUCAAGUGAUUGGUUCUUUGAAGAAGGGCAUUAAUCCACCUUCCUUUGGAGACUUUGUAUUCAACUCUCCUUACUUUCCAGUGGCUCUCAAAACUGGCCUUGUUACGGGAGUCAUUGCUAUGGCUGAAGGGAUUGCCGUAGCUAGAAGUUUUGCAAUGUUCAAGAACUACAACAUUGACGGUAACAAAGAAAUGGUUGCCUUUGGGGUAAUGAACAUAAUUGGAUCCUGCACCUCUUGUUAUCUUACCUCAGGUCCAUUUUCGAGGUCAGCUGUGAAUUACAAUGCAGGGUGCAAAACAGCGUUUUCAAACAUAGUAAUGUCAAUUGCAGUGAUGAUCACAUUGUUAUUCCUGACACCAUUGUUCUUCUACACACCUCUUGUUGUUCUAUCAUCAAUUAUCAUGUCUGCUAUGCUCGGCCUUAUAGAUUAUGAGGCCGCGAUCCAUCUAUGGAAGACGGAUAAGUUUGAUUUCGUUGUUUGUAUAAGUGCUUACAUUGGUGUGGUUUUUGGUAGUGUUGAAGUUGGCUUAAUGAUCGCGGUUACAUUAUCAGUGUUGAGGGUAUUGUUGUAUGUGGCUAGACCAAAGACGGUAGUUCUUGGUAAUGUGCCGAAUUCAAUUUGCUUUAGGAGUGUUGAGCAAUACCCUGAAGCUCAAACUGUGCCUGGAAUUCUCAUACUUGAAAUUGGUGCUCCUAUAUAUUUUGCCAAUGCCACUUACCUAAGAGAAAGGAUUGUGAGGUGGGUUGAUGAGGAGGAAGAGAGGUUAAAGUCAUCUGGAGAGAAUAGUUUACAUUAUGUAAUCUUGGAUAUGAGAGCUGUUACAUGCAUUGAUACAAGUGGGAUCAGCAUGUUUGAAGAAGUUCACAAGGUCAUCGACAGAAGAAAACUUCAGCUUGUAUUAGCAAGCCCUGGAGGAGAAGUGAUGAAGAAAUUAGACAGAGCAAACUUUAUAGAAAAAUUAGGGCAAGAAUGGAUACAUUUGACCGUUGGGGAGGCAGUUGGAGCAUGUAGGUACAUGCUUCAUACUUACAAGUCAAAGUCAACGGCUGAAUCAGAGACAUGGAGUAACAAUGUUUGACCUGUACUAAUUAAUUUUGUUUUUGUGCUUUAUUACAAGAAGUUAAUUAUGAGCAAUUAGAUAGGUGGGGGAAGUAAGUAUUUGCUUCAUACUUAAUUAAAUGAAUUAAGAAAAGAGUUGUAUUGUUUUUGGAUUAUGAGUUUGUAAUCGGUCAGGUCGGAUUAUCCGAUCACCUCAAGACUCAAGUGGGUAAAGAAAAGUUGUAAUGUGAUUCUUCAUUGGCAGCUUUUUAUGCCUUCCAAUUAUUAAUCAUCAAGAUGUAAAAUUACUACUAUUUUGUAGCACAUCAAAUGAUGCAAGUGUGUACUUUAUGAAUCAUGAAAAGUUUUUUCCA